GUACAGUGGAUGCCAACUAAUUAUAGUGACGGAUGGAGACUGCUGGAGAUGUAACUCCUCGAGAAAUACUGUACAUUUGAGCCUUCCAUCAUCAGGAAAAUUGCCCUGAUUUCUCAAAAGAGCUUUCGCACGUUUAACUGGUUUAGAGCAGCUUCAGUAAUCCAACUGCAGCGCAGAAGAUCUUCCCUCCUAGCCACACUAGACAGGUCAUCGCGCACAAUGUUUGGGAGCGAAGUUAUUCAAGCAAUAAAUCCUGCGAAUUUAGCUAGCACUGAAAAAAAUACAGAAGAAUAUAUAUUUGCGGUUGGUACUUACAAACUCCUUGCUUUUGCCAUCGGAACAAUCGGAGUCUUCGGAUUUUGCAACAAUAUUAUUGUCAUCGUGCUGUACUACAGAUUCAAGAGACUCCGGACGCCCACAAAUUUGUUAAUAGUAAACAUUAGUAUAAGUGACGUGUUGGUGUCUGUCAUUGGAAUUAACUUUACGUUUGUUUCGUGCAUCAAAGGCGGAUGGGUCUGGAACUCGGCAACAUGCAUUUGGGACGGAUUCAGCAACAGUUUAUUUGGCAUCGUGUCCAUCAUGAGUCUCUCUGCCUUGGCCUAUGAGCGCUACAUCCGGGUGGUCCAUGCUAAGGUGGUGGACUUCCCCUGGGCCUGGAGGUGCAUCAUUUACAUCUGGCUCUACUCCCUGGUCUGGACAGGGGCUCCUCUCCUGGGGUGGAACCGCUACACUCUGGAGAUCCACCAGUUAGGCUGCUCUCUGGACUGGACUUCCAAGGACCCUAACGAUUCCUCCUUCGUUCUCUUCUUUCUCCUGGCCUGCUUCUUCGUACCAGUGGGCAUUAUGAUCUACUGCUACGGGAACAUUCUUUACACAGUGCAAAUGCUCCGCUCCAUCCAGGACCUUCAGACAGUGCAGAUUAUUAAGAUCCUGCGCUACGAGAAGAAGGUGGCCGUCAUGUUCCUCUUGAUGAUCUCCUGUUUCCUGGUGUGCUGGACGCCCUACGCCGUGGUGUCCAUGAUGGAAGCCUUUGGCAGGAAGAGCAUGGUCACCCCUGCCAUCGCCAUCAUCCCCUCCUUCUUCGCCAAGUCCAGCACGGCCUAUAACCCGCUCAUCUACAUCUUCAUGAGCAGAAAGUUCCGGCGCUGCUUGCUGCAGCUGUUGUGCUCCCGGCUUUCAUGGAUUCAGCACAGCAUCAAGGACCGCCCCCUGGCCCGGAGCAUCGAGCGGCCCAUCCGCCCAAUCUUCAUGGCCCACCGAGGGGAUGGGGAACGACCAAAGAAGAGGGUGACCUUCAGCUCCUCCUCCAUCAUCUUCAUCAUCGCCAACAACGACAUGCACCACCAGGACACCACGUCCAAGAGCGGCCGUAUGUUGUCAGAGGUCAUCCAGGUGCGGCCGUUGUGACAGAGCAUUAUGGGUACUGCAGUACAUCAUGCUACACCCAGGUCACCAUGGGAACUGACUAAUCACCUCCAUCUAACGCCUGUUCCUCUGUAUACCUCAGGACUUCCUCUCAUGAUACAGUAAACCCGGAGGUGUUUCCUCUCAAAAGCCAAAACACCUUUCUGACCCAAGACUACUGGAAGUGUUUAAUGUCCUGUUCUCAGACUGUCUCGCCAUGAAUGCCGGGGAACGCUUUUUCUACCAUCAGUUGUGGUAAACAAAUGAUGUAGCUGUGAAUUUGUGACGUAUUUCUCUUAACUUGUACCCUGUUAUUUUCAACAGCACCUAUGUAAUCGUGUCAGCCAGUUGAGUUGAGUGUUUUUGAACAGGACCUCCUGUGUGAUGCCGGAGGUUAGCAGUGUUAAUGGAUCAGUGAUUGGCUGAGGAAGUGAUGUUGAUAAUUAUUAUUUCCCUGGUUGGCAGCACAAUAGGGCUGAGUGACUGAUGGGGAAAGACUUACAAUAUUGCAGCAGCACAUUCUGCACAACACUCUCUCCGCCUUUGUCACAUCCAGAUACAAUAAAGAGAUC